GAAAAAUAGAAUAGUCGAGACCUAAUUGCCGACAAUGAGGACGAACUUGAGAGCUUUGGUCGCGAAGGCUUACCGCGUUCGUCAAGGCCGUACUUUCUCAUCCUCCUCCUCCGCUCCCAAUCCCAAUCCUAUCGACAACGAAGGGAAAAUUUCUAUUUACGAGUGGCUCUUAAGUCGAGGUUCUGUAAUGUUAUUAGGGUUCGGCGCAGCUUCUUACUUUUCGGGCGAUCUUGUUUCCAAAUUUGAGGAAAAGGCGAAAGUGCAUAACAAGGAUGCUGUGGAAUUCUUGGAGAAGAGGGGAAAGCUGCCACCUGGUUCGGUGGAGUCUCUGUCCAAAUCCUAAUUUUCUCAAGGUCAUUGUGGAGCAUCACCAAAACCAACACACCGAACCUGCUUUUAUAGUUUGUCUCCCUAAGAGAGUCUGCUUAUGCGCAUCAUGGAUUUGUUUUCUCUCUAGUGUGGUUUUGGGAUCUACAUAAUACAAUUCCGUCUCCCUCUUACAUAAACCGUGGGACACGAAUUACAAUCCGAGAGGUUUCGAGGCCCACAGACAUGAAGUUUAUCACAUGUAAAAUAAGAAGACCAGAGAGCUGUUGCUCUGAUUCCAAAUCAAGUGAAAAUCAGACCUGCUUUCUUUUAGCUGCCAAUGUCUGAAAUCGGAAUUCCCAACAUCUUUUAGUUAAAACCUGAAUCGUUUGGUUGGGUCCUGAAGCUGCAAACAAACAAAUGUAUGUGAGAAUGUUGGCAAUGAUGGAGUUUUUGCUUCCUGAUGUUGGGACCAUCUUUUAGUCCAAGAAUUUGCAAGUCAGUUUUAGUUGCAGAAAGGUGGUCUUUUACGUUCAACUUCUGUCUUGGUGGUACCAAUUUCAAAUCUGUGUUUAGUUACAAUAAUGUAUGAAAACACUAAUGCUCUAAGUAUUCCCCUCUCCGUUAUUUCCUUUUCAAUACCAUAGUAUGUUGUAACAGGCCAAGUCCUUUUACCAAAGGGAAAUUAA